AUGGCCUCAACCCUAACAGACGCGGUCCUCAAGACCGUCAUCAGAGCCGUCGAAGCAGCCACAACUGCGUCAAAUUCCUCCACAAACGCGACAACUCCAAGCGUCAACGGCCAAGCCGGUGUUCUCGAGGGAGCCAACCCAACGAAAUACAGCGCCUCGGCACCCAUCACCUUAUUCAUCAUCCAGGCCGGCAUCGUCAUCAUCUUUUGCCAGCUUCUGUCUUACCCGCUACGAUGGAUCAAUCAACCCAAAGUCAUUGCCGAAGUCAUUGGCGGCAUUCUACUCGGUCCUUCCGUUAUGAUGAGGAUACCCGGUUUUGAAGAAACAAUCUUCCCCAAAGAAUCCAUGCCCGUCUUCAACAACGUCGCCAACCUCGGUCUCAUCAUCUUCCUCUUCCUCGUCGCUCUCGAAGUCGACAUGCGCAUGUUCACCUCCAACUGGAAAGUCGCCCUCUCCGUCGGUCUAGCCGGCAUGAUCCUCCCUUUCGGCUUGGGAUUCGGCAUUGCCUGGGGUUUAUACCACCAGUUCCACAAUGACGGGACAACCGUACCCAUUAGUUUUGGCGUAUACGGUCUCUUCAUCGGAACGGCUUUGUCUAUCACUGCGUUCCCUGUGCUUUGUCGUAUUCUGACUGAGCUCAAGCUGCUGAGAAGCAACGUGGGCGUGACGGUGUUGGCGGCGGGAAUUGGGAAUGAUGUCACGGGUUGGAUUUUGCUGGCGCUUUGCGUGGCAUUGGUGAAUAAUAACAGUGGGUUGGCGGCGCUGUGGGCGUUGCUGUGCUGCAUUGGGUGGAUUCUGUUCUUGGUGUUUGCGGUGAGGCCGCCUUUCAUGUGGUGGGUGAGGAGAACGGGGAGCUUGCAGAAUGGACCUACGCAGGGUGUUGUUGCGUUGACUUUGUUGCUCGUCCUCUUUUCAGCUUUCUUUACGAACAUCAUUGGCAUCCACGCCAUCUUUGGCGCAUUCCUGGUCGGCUUGAUCUGCCCUCAUGAGGGUGGUUUUGCCAUCAAGAUGACCGAAAAGAUCGAGGAUCUCAUCUCCGUCCUCUUCCUCCCCCUUUACUUCGCCCUCUCCGGUCUCAGCACCAACCUUGGUCUCCUUAAUGAUGGGAUCACCUGGGGCUAUGUGAUCGGAGUCAUCGCCUGCGCCUUCGCCGGCAAGAUCAUUGGCGGAACUCUCGCUGCCCGAGCCAACAAGCUCCUCUGGCGCGAAUCUUUCACCAUCGGAUGUCUGAUGAGCUGCAAGGGUCUCGUCGAGCUCAUUGUGUUGAACAUCGGUCUCCAAGCCAAGAUCCUUUCCCAAAGGACCUUCACCAUCUUCGUCGUCAUGGCCCUCGUCACCACCGUCGCCACUACCCCCCUCACCAAAGCCCUGUAUCCCCCUUGGUAUCAGCGCAAAGUCGAAAAAUGGCGUCGUGGCGAGAUCGACUGGGACGAAAACCCGAUUGCCCCAUCCGAAUCCGAGUCAAGCACCUCCGAUCCUUCCAAGUCCGUCGGCGACCAAUUCCAAAUCCAACGCAUGCUCGUCUAUCUCCGUCUCGACAGUUUGCCCUCUCUCUUCGCCUUCAUCACCCUCCUUAGUCCCCAGACCGAGAAUACCCCUAAACCCGAGCUUGACUCCACUGUCGAAGACACCGGCGAAGGCAGCAAAUCUGUCCCAGUCACGAUCACCAGAAAGACCAAGCCCCUCGAAGUCCACGGCCUCCGUCUCAUUGAGCUCACCGAUCGUACGUCUUCCGUCAUGCAAGUAACCGAAGACCUAGCCGAAGAGCUCUACUCCCUUCGCGAUCCCGUGAUCAACACCUUCCGCACGUUUUCCUCUUUGUCGCCGAUGUCCAACAACGUCGCCGUCUCGGGCCGCGUAGCCGUCGUCCCCGAGUAUUCUUAUGCCGAAACACUCACUUCCCAUGCCGCUGAUACGCAGUCGGAGUUUGCCCUGAUUCCAUGGAGCGAAUACGGCAGUCUGUCAGACUUUGACCAACCUCUUUCCCUCUCGGGUGCCAGCGAUCGAUUCAAGGGUAACACUCCCCACCUGGAAUUUGUCCACAAGACCUUAGCAAAAGCAGAGAAGGUUUGCAACGCGGGUAUUUUCAUCGACAACGGCUUUGGCGGUUUUGGUCCUCGUCCCGCGCAGUCCCCCGGUGGACUCACCCGUUCAAAGUCAGGCGUCUCCCUCCACUCCCAACACCACCGCACGCCAGCUUUGGCAACAUACCCCACCAUCACCGAUCGCACUCACCACGUCUUCCUUCCGUUCAUCGGUGGCGCUGAUGAUCGCGUUGCCCUGCGCUUGGUUCUGCAGCUGGCGAGGAAGGAGAAUGUUACGGCAACGGUUGUGCAUCUCAAGUUUUCCGGCUCUAACCCCGAAAAUGACGAGGACGCAACACUUCUCGCAACCCUCCGCGACUCACUGCCCGCGGAUGUUUCUUCACGAGUAGUAUUCGAGGAGUCCAAGUUGACAGAAGGCAAGAACAACCUCUCGGAAACGGUGCUUGGCUUAGCCAAGGUUACUGUUGGGCAGAAGAAGGGCGGAGCGGGCGAUGUGGUUGUUGUUGGCCGACGGCAUGGGAAGGUUGAUGGUGAGGGUGCUGCGACGAGUAGUGCGGCUGCUAGCAGCAGCAGGGUGGAUGUUGGUAGUAGUGCGAACGGAGGGUUAGAUUUGGGCAAGACGGUGGGUGUUGUUGCGGAGGGAUUGGUUAGUAAUGCGGUGGCUGCUAGUGUUUUGGUUGUGCAGGCUGGUGGGAAGAGGAAGUAA